AUGAGCGGCUUACGAUUCCUCGAUCUGAUAAAACCUUUCACGCCCCUCCUUCCGGAGGUGGCAGCCCCGGAGAGCAAGGUGCCCUUCAACCAGAAGAUGAUGUGGACUGGGCUUACACUGUUGAUCUUCCUGGUCAUGAGCCAAAUGCCGCUCUACGGCAUUGUAUCAUCAGAUACGUCCGACCCAAUAUACUGGCUGCGGAUGAUGCUGGCUAGCAAUCGAGGAACAUUGAUGGAGCUGGGAACCACCCCUAUCAUAUCGUCAGGCAUGGUCUUCCAGCUGCUUGCCGGAACACACUUGAUCGAUGUCAACCUCGACCUGAAGUCGGAUCGCGAAUUGUACCAGACCGCGCAAAAGCUCUUCGCAAUUAUCCUAUCUUUUGGUCAAGCCUGUGUCUUCGUCCUGACGGGUCUCUAUGGCCAGCCGAGUGACCUCGGUGCUGGCGUUUGUCUACUCCUCAUUGUGCAGCUCGUGCUUGCUGGCCUAGUAGUCAUCUUGCUUGAUGAACUCUUACAGAAGGGGUAUGGCUUGGGAAGUGGUAUAUCGCUCUUCAUUGCAACCAAUAUUUGCGAAUCGAUCAUCUGGAAAGCAUUUUCGCCAACUACGAUCAAUACUGGCCGAGGACCUGAAUUCGAGGGUGCGGUCAUCGCCUUGUUCCAUCUUCUUCUUACAUGGCCAGACAAGCAGCGCGCGUUGUACGAGGCAUUCUAUCGCCAGAAUCUGCCCAACAUCAUGAAUCUACUUGCGACAGUCACUGUCUUCGCUGCAGUGAUCUAUCUUCAAGGAUUCCGGGUUGAGAUCCCCGUCAAGUCUUCUCGACAACGUGGCAUGCGUGGCUCAUAUCCCGUUCGUCUCUUUUACACCUCCAACAUGCCCAUUAUGCUGCAGUCAGCCCUUUCGUCGAACAUCUUCCUCAUCAGCCAGAUGCUCUAUUCGCGCUUCUCUGAUAAUCUCUUAGUCAAGCUGCUGGGCGUUUGGGAACCAAAAGAAGGCUCGGCUCAGCUCUAUGCGGCGUCUGGUAUUGCUUAUUAUAUGUCUCCACCUCAGAAUUUCACCGAUGCUCUUCUCGAUCCGAUACACACGGCAGUCUACAUUGCAUUUAUUGUGGUGGCGUGUGCUGUCUUCUCCAAGACCUGGAUCGAGGUCUCCGGGUCUGCUCCACGUGAUGUUGCUAAGCAACUGAAGGACCAGGGCUUGGUCAUGGCUGGACACCGUGAGCAGAGUAUGUACAAGGAGUUGAAACGUGUCAUUCCGACAGCUGCUGCCUUUGGUGGCGCCUGCAUUGGUGCUCUUUCGGUUGCUAGUGAUCUUCUGGGUGCUCUCGGAAGCGGGACUGGCAUUCUGUUGGCCGUCACCAUCAUCUACGGCUAUUUCGAGAUCGCGGCCAAGGAGGGUGAUAUGGGAUCAAUUAAAGGCAUGAUUGCUGGGUAG